ACAGAUUCAACCAUCAGACAAGUCAUCAAGAUAAUUCAGUUAAAUCCUCCAGGAUCUCAAACCCUCCUAAGAUGAAGACAUUCAGCGUUGCAGUUGCAGUGGCCGUCAUGCUCACAUUCAUCUGUGUUCAGAAGAGCUCUGCUGACCGAAGCGUUGGGUCAGAUGAGUGGUGGAGUCCAAUAGAGCCAGUAGCUCAGGAGAGUUUAGUCGCUGCAGGUCAAGAGAUGCCAAUGGAAUCAUGGAAGAUACCGUAUGAAGUCAGACAGAAGCGCCACGCUGCUGCUAAAUGCAGAUUUUGCUGUAACUGCUGCCCCAACAUGAGCGGUUGUGGUAUCUGCUGCCGGUUCUGAAGAGUUCUGGACCAGCCUGGAUCCAUUCAACAAUAAAACCACCUUUAAUUGUUGAAAAAGCUUUCCCCAUGCCAUUUGUCUAUAUUUGUAGCAGUUGUGGUUGGAAGUAUCUGAGGAUGCUCAUGUUCGCUUAUUUUUACCAUCUGCAAGUAUGACAGUGUGAUGUCACAAUAAACUUAAAUCAUAUUUCUUUUUAAAGUUUGUUUUAAUGAUUCUUCUGUGCCCCACUAUAUUGCUUGUAUUGUUUUAUAUAAAGCACUUUGGAAUGUUAUGUACAUGAAAUGUGCCAAACAAAUAAACUUGCCUUGCCUUGACUUAA